AUGUCAGGCAGUCAAGACCACCAAACGCGACCGGGCGCAGGACCAAUUCGAAGGGCGUCGACUUUUCAACGAAGUCAAGUGGGCUUCACCAACGAAGACAACGGAUCUCAGCGCGAUGGGGUAAACCUGCUGCAGCCUACACGGCCGGCUGCGCGUAGACGUGGCACGUCGCAAAAUUCGCUCGCUGUAUCUCGAGCCGCCGCGCCUGGUCUGACGCCCCGCAUCGAGAAGGGCGACCCAGGCUUUCCCCUCGAGCCACCGUCAUCGAGUGACAGGGAGAGUGAGAAGGAUGUCGAUGGGAUUGAUUACCCCGAGGGCGGAUUGGAAGCCUGGCUUGUGGUGCUUGGGUCCUGGUGCGCAAUGACGGCUGGACUUGGCAUUGUCAACUCGACCGGUAUAUUCGAAGCCUACGUUUCCAACACGGUUCUCUCUUCGAGCUCCACCAACGCUGUUGGGUGGCUCAUUGGCAUAUACGUUUUCGUGUCUUACUUUGGCAGCAUUCAGGUCGGUCCCCUAUUCGAUGCCGUGGGACCAAGAGGAUUGAUGAUCACGGGGACCAUCUGUCUGAUGAUCGAUUAUUACCAGCUGCUUCUGGCCCUAUCUAUCCUCAGUGGUAUUGGGAAUUCCUUCCUUUUCACGCCCGCCAUGGGUGCCAUCUCCCAUUGGUUCAACAAGCGCCGUGGAACUGCCAGCGGAGUGGCCUUUGUAGGCAGCGGGUUUGGAGGUGUUCUUUUCCCAAUGAUAUUUCAAGCACUCAUACCAAAGGUUGGUUGGGCCUGGACUAUGCGAGUCAUUGGCUUUGUUCUACUCGUACUUUGCCUACUGAGCAUUAUGCUCUGUCGUGGACGCCUGCCUACCAAGAAGCUUGGAACCCCCGAGAAUCCUUACAAGGACCUUCUUCCCAGCCUCGGCAUCUUCAAGGACGGAACAGGUGCCAUGCUGGUGACCACCCUUGGUGUGUUCUUUGUCGAGUGGGCCUACUUUGUCCCAAUCACAUAUGUGCCUAGCUACUACCUCAUCCGCCAGGGCCUCCACGGUGCCGAAAACGCGGUGAACGGAGAGGCCAAGUUCGCCUACCAGCUCCUUGCCAUCCUCAACGCCUCGUCAUGCUUUGGUCGAUACCUGCCCGGCUAUCUUGCAGACAAGAUCGGCAGGUUCAAUACCAUGAUCAUCGGAUCCCUCUUGGCGUUGAUCUCUGUGGCCGGCUUGUGGUUGCCAGACUGUCUUUCCGAUCAGCCACCCAGCCUCGCCCUGCUCAUCGCUUUCGUUGUAAUAUUCGGCUUUGCAAGCGGUGCCAACAUCACUCUCACUCCAAUUUGCAUAGGCCAGCUGUGCCGGACAGAGGAUUACGGUCGAUACUACGCGACUGCUUUCACCGUGUGCAGCUUUGGCUGUUUGACGAGCAUACCGAUCGCGGCCAACCUGUCUACUGUAACUGGAGCUUCUGGGAGGAGAAGCUUUUGGGCCCUGAUUUUGUUCACCUGUAUUAGCUACGUCGCUGCCUUUGCCUGUUUCUUUUGGGUGAGGGUGACGCGGAAAGGCAUGGACUGGAGGACAGUAUGGUAA